GUUUGAAAUGAACAGUGGAGUCGACUCCGCCAUUAUUAGGAGCUUCAAAAACCCAUUCUCGACUCUCGUUUCUUUGAAUGCAUCAAAUCAAUAAUCUGCGCCAUUGAAGGAAGGAAAUCCAUCCUUCUCUCUAUCUAACCCCUUCUAGAGAGAGAAAGGGGAUAGCAGGGUGGGUGGUAGGUUUUGUUUGUUCGUUCAUUUAUUGAACUGAACCAUGGCUGGGGUGGUUAUGGUGACGGAGGGCGGAGGUUGCAGCAGCGGCGGCGGCGGAGGAAAGGCGGCGGAUUCUAAAUCUGCGGCGGAGGAGGAGCAGCAGCAGCAGCAACUUUCGUUGCUGGAUUUCAUACUUUCUGCUCUGAGGAAAUCCAUGGUGUCGACGUGCCGGGUGGACCGGCAAGACCAGGAGGUGAUCUCCGCCGUCCAUCAAAUGGAGAUCGGAUGGCCGACGAACGUCCAGCACAUCACUCACGUUACAUUCGAUCGGUUCCACGGAUUUUUGGGGCUUCCUGUCGAGUUCGAAGUUGAGGUUCCGUCUAGGGCUCCAAGUGCCAGUGUCAGUGUGUUUGGGGUCUCGGCGGAUUCAAUGCAGUGUUCUUACGACGCAAGGGGAAACAGUGUCCCGACGAUUCUGUUGUUGAUGCAGGAGAGACUGUAUUCUCAGGACGGUCUCAAGUCGGAGGGGAUCUUCCGAAUAAAUCCCGAGAACAGCCAAGAAGAACAUGUGAGGGAUCAGCUUAACAGGGGUAUUGUUCCCAACGACAUCGAAGUCCAUUGUUUGGCAGGUCUGAUCAAAGCCUGGUUUCGAGAACUCCCAUCCGGCGUGCUCGACGGUCUCUCCCCCGAACAGGUUUUGCAAUGCAAUUCAGAGGACGAAUUUGUCGAGCUCAUCAAGCAGUUAAAACCAACCGAGAGCGCUCUUCUUAGCUGGGCAGUCGAUCUAAUGGCAGAUGUAGUCGAGCACGAAGAAUCCAACAAAAUGAAUGCCAGAAACAUAGCUAUGGUUUUUGCACCAAACAUGACUCAGAUGUCGGAUCCCUUGACAGCACUAAUGCACGCCGUGCAAGUGAUGAAUUUGUUGAAGACGCUGAUCAUGAAAACGCUACGGGAACGCGACGAGGCAGCCGAGGGAGGAUCAUACUCUCCCGCGUCUUCUCAGUCAUUGGUCGACGAGGAAUACGACACUCAGCAGGAGAUGGACACCAGCUGCGGAGAAUCGUCUGCAAUGGCUUCAGAUGACGACGAAGAUCAGUACAGCCACUGUGACGAGGAGAAGGAUGAAGUCGAGUCUUUGAGCGACAUAGAAGAGCGGUUCUUAAGGCAACUCGACGAAAACGAGCAAGCUAAAAAUGGAUUUCGCCAGCAACUCGAGGGGAUCUUAUGCAUAGGAGGAGGGGAGCACAACACAAGCCUACUAAGUCCUUCCACAAACAAUGCAGAUUCAUCAUUUUCGCUAUUCGACAGCAGAAUAGGAAGCUCGUGCCUGAGCACGAGCGAUGGCGAGGAGUCGAGGAUAAUGAAUAUGGACAUAGAAAGCAGCAUAACUGCCAUUAAGGCGACAUUGAACGGCGAAAUGGACGUGGCAGCAGACAACAUAGGCGAGUCGAAGAUCAGUAAGCAGUAAGUAAGUAAAACUAACUAGUCUUGCAUCCGGAUCCUGAAUUCGAAUUUCUUUUUCUAUCCUUAGUUAGCUUGUAAAUUUAGUUGGCUAUGUGUUAGGAACAGCUGAUGGUAAGAUCAUAUGGUUUGGUUAUGAUUUGAAUUUGGAUUUGUAGUCACUUUUCAGUUUAGGGCUGAAAUUGUGGUGUCCUAAGUAUAUCUUUUUUUUAACUCUUUGCUCUACCAGCAAAGACUUGUCUUUCUGACUGUUUCUUUUACAGUCUUGCAAGAACACAAGCAAUACUGUAAAAAACUUCGUUUUUUUUUUUAAAAAAAACUUCUGUCCAUUCUUGAAAUUGCUUUGGUUUGUUUGGUGGCAUGUUAGAAAAGUAG